AAAAGAACUUUCCCUAAUUCGGAACUGCCUGAAGUGAAGGUUGGAACCUUGGAAGUUACCUACCUUUCUCGCUCUGUUCGCUUCAACAUUCACUACCCUUUAUUCUGCAGCCUGGAGCAGCUCAUUCACGAAAAAGAUAUUCGAGGAUAAAUCCAUCCCUGAUAGUGGGGGACAACCCAUUAAAAAAAACCACCAUCACCUAGAUCUAUACAAGAUAAAUCAAUUCCGAGCAACCACAAGAAAUUAUUAAUACAUCAUUAUUUGUUCCUUUUUAUCAAAUUCUUUUACGAGAUUAAAAAUACUAGCAGAGUCCAAGAAAUGCAGCAACAGACCAGAAAUUCAAAUCGUUCACCAUCACCUAUCCGCAGGAAUAUAUCACGCAGUUCAGAAUCAAAUGCCGAUUACGACCCAACUUAUGGGAUUCGAUCCGGCCAUAAUUUCGAAACACGACAAAAAUUCACUCGGUUUCUAGAGGAGUCCUACAAGAGGUUUCAAAGCUCCGGCGGGCCACAGUAUGUUAUGGCUAGGGGCAUUAACAAAAAAGCCCUCGACUGGCUGGACAGUCGCCGCCGCACACUCCCACCCAUGCGGGUAUCUCACGAUGAAAUUGAGGAGAAACUCAUUAUAAAACUCGUCUCACGUCAGCAUGAGGCUCUACACCGUAUAUUUAUGCAUUUCGUGUGUAAGGAACUUGAGAAUAUGGGAGUUAAGAUGCUUGACGACUUUUGGCUCGAAGGUGCUGGUCGUGAGGAAGGCAGACAGUCGCGAAAAAAGGAGCCGGAUGAUUCAUUCAAACCUCUUCAUACUCGUCCCAAAUUCGAAGACUCACCGACGUUUGUCAUUGAGGCUGGUUUAAAUGGAACUCUUAAUAAACUUCGCAACGACGCCUUUUACUGGUUAACACAACCCAGCCAGCGUGUUAGGAUUGUUGUGCUUAUACAUGGCUUCACAGAACGCAAGGUCAUCACUAUAGAGGUAUGGCAAUUUCUUGAUAAUCCACGGCCGCGUCGAGCAAGAUCUGCAGCUAGAUCUAGAAGACCUACGAAAACGCAAACUUUAACAAUCAGGAAGCGGGAUAAUAGCCCGCCCAUUGUAACUGGUGCACCGCUUCUGCUUCCAGUCGAUGCUCUCUUCGAAAUUGUCCCGCCUUCGGUCACUGAAAAUGCCGUUUCACUUUCUGCACAGAUCCUCGAAAUGUAUGCAGGUCCAAUAUUCAAUUCCAUGCAAUAACUAUGUACGGAUAUAUCCAAUGCUUUUCAAAGUCGUCUAUGAUAAAUUCCAGAUUUUGAGGCGAUAAGGGGCAUACUUUUUCGUCUCUAAG